AUGGGGCAGAAGAAGGGCUCGAAGGUGAAGCGGCGCACCGCGGGUCGGGCGACGAAGACGCACGCGUGUAAGACGCUCCGUCGGACGGGCGAGGCGAGCGCGACGCACUUGGAUGUGCGAUACGAGGCGUUUCACGCGGCGGCGGCGGCGGCGAGGGGGGAGCCGGGACGACGCGGUGCGACGUCCUUGGCGCUGAUCGACGAGGCGAAUAAGACGGCGAUCGAUGAAGACGCGGGCGCGUACGUCGCCGUGGCCACCGGACGACGGUUCAGCACGAGAGCGGGGUUGGAGAGUCACAUGAAGACGAAGGCGUAUAAGCGGGCGUGCAAGGCGUUGCGGACGCAGGGGAAGCCGCAUGACGCGCGCGAUGCGGAGAUGGCGGCUGGAAUGGGAGCGCCGGAUAAUGGACGAGGAUGA